AUGAUGGCGCAAGCUCACGAAUGCAUCUGGCAGAAAGCAGUCAUGGAGCACAUGAAACAUGGCACAGUCGCUCGACUGGCUAUCCGUGUAUCUGAUUUCUACGAGCAAUUCUUGUCCAGUACACUCAUACCCGACGCCUGGCAACGCUACGGACACACCAAAUCGAACUAUUUUAAAGCCUACGCGCAGUACCAAAAGGCCAACGAAGCCAUCUCCAACGGCCGCUAUGGCGAAGAAAUUGCCCGUUUACAUCUCGCCACCAGCAGCAACUGUUUCGCCUUACAGGCUUCCACCCAGACUGACCUCAUUGCCCCGACUUUUAUUGAGGGUAUGCAUCAAUUACAACAUGCCAUCGAACGCGAUCUUUUGCGAGCUGAAAAGGAUAACGAUGUGGUGUACAUGGAAUCCAUCCCCGAUGAAUUGGCUCCUAUUUUACGCUCAGAUAUGGUCAAACCCAUCUUGCCCCAGUUUGUUCUCAACCCGAAUUACUGGUUGACCUUGGCCGAUCGUCCUGACAAUGAAUUGUUUAUUAAACGACCGUUGUUUGAAACCCUUGUGCCCUUUGCUGUGCAUCAAGCCGCCAGUGUUUAUUCUGAUAAAAAAGAUUAUAUUGUCAAAGUCGAGAUUAUUGCCAAGCACCAAGAGCUCACCUCCGAGUGUCAAGAAGUACUGGAUGAUUUGUGUUUGCCUUAUGCGCUGGAUAUUGUAGACACAUUACCAAAAAAGCUGGUUGAAUACGCUGAAGAAGUACAACACGAAGGCGGUAUUCAAUCUUUGCACGACAUGCUUCAAAAGAUCCAGACGAUGUCACGCAAAUCCACGCUUUUACUUAGCGAUGGAUUCAACGCGCUGGAAGAAGAGAAUGAGCAAGACGUCUUCUUCAGCCGAAAGUUUGGUAAA